AUGGGUUGGCGAGCAAGGUCUCGACAUCUACAACAGUUGGACAUUCGAAGACUCGUGAAAGACCAAAAAGACCCAGCGAAGAUUCUCGAUAGAUUUAUGGAACAUUUAGAGUCACGGACAAAUCAUCGAAUUCACAGGUAUACUUUACAAGGUAUGCGACAAGACCAAG